AUGCCCUGGAUCCUGGUUCUGCCGUCUGCCUCCCGCUACAUCGGUCGGCGGCUUCCGUUCAUCAUUGCCUGCUUUGACAUGCUGCUGGUCUUCAUGAUCUUCUAUUUCAGCACCAGCACAACUCAGUUAAUCAUCGCCGAGAUAAUGGAGGGCUACUUCCACGCGUGCAACAUAACAAUAUCGAUCGCCGUCAUCUCGGAGUACACCUCACCGAAGUAUAGAGGGAUUUUCCUCGCGAUAAAAUCCGCCAGCUUCUUCUGGGGUGUCUGGGUUUCCAAUAUCAUCGGCACUUUCUUCCACUGGAAGUACAUAGCGGUGUUCGGGAUGUUGUGCUGCUGUUACACGUUUACUUCUAUCCUGUGGCCCGAAUCGCCACACUGGCUUGCUAGCCAGGGGCGUUUUGAAGACUGCAAAGAAUCCUACCGUUGGCUGUAUGAUCACACCGAAGAAUCGGAGCGCGAGCUUCGCCAACUCAUUGACAGCCGUACGGAGUACCCGAAGAGCCGUGCGAACGGUGGAUGUUCAUUAAAUUUCGCUCAGUACACCAAGAGGGAGUUCUACAAGCCUCUGCUCCUGAUGAUGACCUCCGUAACCCAAUAUCACUUCUCUGGAAAGUUCGUUUGCAGCGUAUACAUAUUGGAUAUCUUAAGGAAGAUCACGAAUAGCGAGAGUACUGCGUACACCGGUAUGCUGAUACUGGAUGGAGUCACUCUCCUAGGGAUGUACAUGGGCUGCAUUCUGACGAGAUUUCUCAACAGACGAACGAUGUACCUCACGUCUUCGGCGUUCGGAGUGUUGUUCCUGUUCCUCAUAUCGAUUUAUCUGUACCUUGUGAGAUUUACGUUAAUCGAUGAGAACAAGUACCUAUCUAUUCUGCUGCUCACCUGCUUCUCGAUCUCGGUGGGUUGCGGCCCGAUGAUAAUGACGACCACCAUAUACGGCGAGAUAAUACCGUCCAAGUACAAAGUAACGCUUUACCUGGCGAUCGGUUUGUUCUUCAACAUGUACAGCACGGGACUGCUGAAGAUCGCUCCGUCGGUGUUUAGGAGCCUUGGUCUCCAUGGCACCUUCCUGUUCUACGCAAUUGUGACCGGCAUAUGCACGUUUCUUCUGUACCUAUACCUGCCGGAAACGAAGGACAAGACGUUGCAGGAGAUCGAGGAGAACUUUGUAGUGAAAGACUGCUUGGAAAACGCGCAUUUGUCCGAAGAAACUGAACCCUUUGAUGCUAAACGCAGC